AUGGCAGCAACUGCAGGAAAACUAAACUUAAAACGUGAAGUUGGAUUAAUUAGUUCUGUGUCUUUAAUUGUAGGAACUAUUAUUGGCUCUGGCAUCUUUAUGUCUCCAGAAUGGGUGUUACGAUAUAUUGGGAGCCCUGGAGCCAGCCUUCUGGUAUGGACAUUCUGUGGAUUACUGUGCAUGGUAGCUGCUCUUUCAUACGUAGAAUUAGGGACUGUCAUAAAGGAAUCUGGUGGAGAAUAUAUAUACAUCUUGAGAAACUUCGGUCCUGUCCCAGCUUUUGUUUUCUCUUGGACUUCUGUGUUUGUAGUCAGACCUGCUUCUAUCGCAGCAAUGUCUUUGAGCCUGGCGCAAUACACUGCAGCUCCAUUUUAUGGGGCAUGUCCACCACCUCCUGCUGUGGUAAAGUGUACAGCUGCUGCCAGCAUUUUAAUUGUCACUGUAGUGAACUGUCUUAAUGUGAAACUGGCAACCGACAUUCAAAAUAUCUUCACAUUUGCCAAACUAGUCUCCUUGCUUGUAAUAGUGGUAGGUGGGAUACUAUUGAUCCUCAAUGGACACACACAGAGUUUUCAGAAUGCUUUUCAAGGAACAAGUGGAAUGAGCGCAAGUGGAAUAAGCUCAAUUGGAAUCGCUUUACAACAUGGCCUCUGGUCCUACGAUGGAUGGAAUAAUUUAAAUAAUUUGACCGAAGAAAUCAAGAGGCCAGAAGUGAAUCUGCCCCGAGCUUUACUGAUUUCCCUUCCACUGGUGACUUUGCUUUACAUUCUGGUAAACAUGAGCUACCUGGCAGCCAUGAGUCCAGCUGAAAUGAUGUCCUCUGGAGCUGUGGCUGUAACAUGGGGAAACAAAGUCUUGGGCAGUUGGACAUGGAUCAUUCCACUGUCAGUUGUACUUUCCACGUUUGGGUCCAUGAAUGGCACUUUCUUCACUGGUGGUCGCACUUGCUACAUAGCAGCCAGAGAAGGUUCACUGCCAGACAUUCUCUCCAUGGUACAUGUGAAGCGGUUGACACCAUUGCCUGCACUUCUAUUCACAGCAUUCAUUGCUUUGAUAUUAUUAAUCCCAGGCGAUUUUGGAUCCAUUGUCAAAUAUUUCAGUUUUACAGCUUGGUUCUUUUAUAGUCAGGCCUUUGCUGCACUGGUGUACAUGAAAAUUAAGAAGCCACAUCUUCAUCGACCUUUCAAUGUGCCAUUGCCCAUUCCGGUGUUCAUGUUCAUUAUUUCGAUCUGCCUGGUGGUGGCGCCACUCAUAGAAGCUCCUCAGAUGGAAUACUUGUUUGUUGGUUUGUUCAUGCUGAGUGGUUUAUUGAUUUAUUUUCCAUUGAUUCACUUCAAACUAUGCACCUGCUCAAUGGAUCAGAUCACUAUAUUUCUGCAGUUGCUGCUCGAAGUUGGGCCAACACAAUCAAACUUGGAUUGAUAGGUCAAAGAGAAAAAAAAGCUUUUCAUUGUGUCUCGGUACACGUGACAAUAAACUCAACUCAACUCAACUCAACUCAACUAUUGCUGAAGCUGGCAUUAUCCAUUCUGAAUAGAAAGCAAUUACAAAACUCAGUGGGCCAUGCUUCAUCAGGGGAAAGAAUUGCCAAGAUAUUCCAGCACCGUACAUU